GUGGAAGGACCUACCUGGGCGCAGCUUUCUGUUGGGUAGGCAGAACUUGAGGAGCGAGCUGACGUAAACGGUGCAUAAGAGGAACUUCUUUUAAAUGUGUGGAUCCUUUUCACCUCCUUUACCACCAGGCUAUAUUGCCUAUCUACAACACUCGACGUCACCAGAGAAGACUGCACCAUCCUAAGACCUCAGUUGCAUGUGGGAGUUCUUUCUCUGGAAUAGCCUACUAGUUAUUUAUGGCACCUUGAAUGGUACCUGGGAAUUGUUUAUUUUUUAUUAUGUAAGGUUGAUCAAGCCAGGAGGAACCGAUUAUUCAAACACGUGAGAAGACACUUAAUAUACCAUUCCAGAUACUUAUCCGAGUCUUUAAAAUGGCCGUAAGGGGGCAGACAUAGGUAGGAGCUGGAUUAGCCAAAGAAACCGUUCCGGCAGGGAUUCUACACCGUAUCCAGAGCGAGCAUAGAAUGCAUGCGAGUUGAUGUUGGAUGGUGAACUAGGAGAAUACAGCCGUGGACGCAGCACUGCUACCGAAUGCGUUGUCUUAACAUGAAUUGUAAAUUGGGAUGCUCACCCAUGUAGCUUGUUUUAAUAACAAACGUGUAGACGGAAUUUACUUUUUUUCCUUAGGUUUUCUCUCUCUAUUCUAAGAGGAGGGUGGCUGUUUGAUAGCUAGAGGGCGGUGGCAUUCGCUCUGCGUGCACGGAACUGCGCGAGUCAGUGCUUUGACUCAAGUCCUGGGACCCCUGAACCCGUUGGUUUUCCCCCCAAAUUCCUCCUCUUCCUACAUUUUGCGCCGAACUGCUCGUCUUAGACUAACGGACAACAACCACGUCGACAGCAUCUGGACCAUAACUGGUAUUUCACUAAGAGUGGCGUUUCGUCGGCAAGGAGUUUGUUUUACUCGACAUAUAAUGGGGAAAAGUGGACUGUCUGCUAAAACUGGAAUAGGACUCGCAGGUUACUUACUGCGAAUGUUCACUACACCUGGACUCUUUCUUCUGAUCCUCGUAAACAUUGGAUUCGCACAAGUGAGAGAUGAAGAUGACUUUCUGGGUUUGGGGGAGCUUCCCGAGACCUUCCCUUCCGACCCCCCAGAGCCACUCCCCCAUUUCCUGAUGGAGCCUGAGGAAGCAUACAUAGUCAAGAACAAACCUGUCAAUCUGUACUGUAAGGCCACACCCGCCACCCAGAUCUACUUCAAAUGUAACAGCGAGUGGGUUCAUCAGAAGGACCACACGGUGGAGGAGAGGAUGGACGAGAACUCAGGUCUGGUGGUGCGUGAGGCCAGCAUUGAGAUCUCUCGACAGCAGGUGGAGGAGCUGUUCGGCCCGGAGGACUUCUGGUGUCAGUGUGUGGCCUGGAGCUCCGCAGGGACCACCAAGAGCCGCAAAGCACACGUCCGCAUUGCGUAUCUGAGGAAAACAUUUGACCAGGAGCCACUGGGGAAGGAGGUGUCCCUUGAACAGGAAGUGCUUCUACAGUGCCGCCCACCUGAGGGCAUACCAGCUGCUGAGGUGGAGUGGUUGAAGAACGAAGAGAUAAUUGACCCAGCUGAUGACCGUAACUUCUACAUCACCAUUGACCACAACCUUAUCAUAAAGCAAGCCAGACUGUCGGACACAGCCAACUAUACAUGCGUGGCCAAGAACAUUGUGGCCAAGAGGAGAAGCACCACAGCUACUGUCAUUGUUUAUGUGAACGGCGGCUGGUCGACCUGGACGGAGUGGUCCGUGUGUAACAGUCGCUGUGGCCGUGGUUACCAGAAGCGAACUCGCAGCUGCACCAACCCGGCGCCGCUCAAUGGGGGCGCGCCCUGUGACGGGCAGGCCCUCCAGAAACUGGCCUGCACCUCCCUCUGCACGGUGGACGGUGUGUGGACAGAGUGGAGCAAGUGGUCCACCUGUGGUACCGAGUGCACUCACUGGCGCAGGAGAGAAUGCAACGCUCCGGCACCCAAAAACGGAGGCAAGGAUUGCGACGGCGUGGUUCUGCAGUCCCAGAACUGCACCGACGGGCUCUGCAUGCAGAGUUCAUUAUAUCAGCUGUCUACUGAGCCCAAAGCCAACAGUGAUUUGGGAUUUUCAUCCGCCCCCAGCACAGACGAUGUGGCCCUCUACGUGGGAAUUGUCAUCGCCGUCAUCAUGUGUCUCGUCAUCUCCGUCAUCGUGGCUCUCUUCGUCUACCGGAAGACCCACCGCGACUUCGACUCGGACAUCAUCGACUCGUCUGCCCUCAACGGAGGCUUCCAGUCGGUCAACAUAAAGACCGCCCGCUCCGCCGACUUGCUGACCUCUCCCCCGGACCUGACCAAUGCUGCGGCCAUGUACCGCGGCCCUGUCUAUGCCCUCCACGACGUGUCCGACAAGAUCCCCAUGACCAACUCCCCCCUCCUGGACCCCCUGCCCAACCUGAAGAUCAAGGUGUACAACUCCUCUGGCCUAGUCACUCCCUCCGAGGACCUGUCCGACUUCUCCUCCAAGCUGUCGCCCAAGGUGACCCAGGCCCUGCUGGACAGCGAGACCAUGAACCUGCGGAACCAGAGCCUGGCUCGGACCCGAGACCCAUCCUGCACUGCCACAGGCUCCUUCAACUCACUGGGUGGACACCUCAUCGUUCCCAACUCAGGGGUCAGCCUACUGGUUCCAGCGGGAGCUGUUCCUCAGGGGCGUGUCUAUGAGAUGUAUGUGACCGUGCACAGGAAGGACAGCAUGAGGCCUCCGGUUGAGGACAUCCAGACCGUACUGAGUCCAGUGGUGAGCUGUGGUCCUCCAGGGGCCCUCCUGACCCGCCCGGUCAUCCUCACCAUCCACCACUGUGCCGAGGCCGACAAGGAUGACUGGCAGAUCCAGUUGAAGAACCAGCUUAGCCAUGGCCAAUGGGAGGAUGUGGUGGUGGUUGGGGAGGAGAACUUCACCACUCCCUGCUACAUCCAGAUGGACGAGGAGGCCUGCCAUCUACUGACUGAGACCCUGGGAACCUACUGCCUGGUGGGCCAGUCGGUCAGCAAGGCCGCAGCCAAGCGCCUCAAACUGGCCCUCUUCGGCCCGGUGUCCAGUACCACGCUGGAGUACCACAUCAGGGUCUACUGCCUGGAUGACACCCAGGACGCCCUCAAGGAAGUCCUUCAGAUGGAAACUCAGAUGGGAGGGAAGCUCCUGGAUGAACCAAAGACCCUGAACUUCAAGGACAGCACCCACAACCUGCGCCUCUCCAUUCACGACAUCCCCCACGGACAGUGGAAGAGCAAGCUGCUCGCCAAGUACCAGGAGAUUCCGUUCCACCAGGUAUGGAGUGGCUGCCAGCGUACCCUUCACUGCACGUUCACCCUGGAGCGUUUCAGCGCUAGCACGUCGGAGCUCAGCUGCAAGCUCUGCGUUCGCCAGGUGGAGGGAGAGGGUCAGAUCUUCCAGCUCAGCAGCACUCUCUCCGAGGACACCCAGAACAUUGACACAUCCCUCAUGGACCCGGCCAGCAACAUCACCACCCUGGUGGGUCCGCACGCCUUCCGUAUCCCCCUGCCCAUCCGACAGAAGCUCUGUGGCAGCCUGGAUGCCCCCCAGACCAGGGGCUCCAACGACUGGAGGAUGUUGGCCCACAAACUCAACUUGGACCGGUACCUGAACUACUUCGCCACCAAGUCCAGUCCCACAGGCGUCAUCCUGGAUCUGUGGGAGGCCCAACACUUCCCGGACGGGAACCUCAACAGACUGGCCGCCGUGCUGGAGGAGAUGGGUCGUCACGACAACCUGGUCCCCAUGACAACAGAGCACUGACACCCGCACACCGACUCCGUGUCAGCGGGUCAAGGACAAUGACGGGACACACGGGCCGACUGUCCGGCUCGGCGGUUGAGGCUGACAACACACACCGGUGCCCGUCAGAAAAAUACCGCAGCAAAAAGACCUAGUCGUUGAUGUGUGCGUGUGUCGUUUCCUUUGCUGUGAUUGUUUUGUAUUGGGGACAACAGAAUGAAAAAGAAAAACUCCCGGGGAUCCCACGUUAGUCUUGGCUGUACAUUUCUUGGUACAGUUUGGUUUUCUUUACACAGUUUCCUAGGAAACGGUCUAUUCUGCUGUCCAUGUACGUGGAUGAUUUCCUACUUCAGACUUUACUAACGUGUGUGUGCUUCAGUGGCAGUCAGGAGAGUCAGGAAAGGGAGACAGGCUGGGAGCAAAGUAGGACAACAACAAGUAGGAAAACACAGCCUUUGGAAUAACGCGGUUAAUUGAUAUGUAUAACCAAAUACAGUCUAUUUUAUCGUCCCCACAAAUCCUGCCCAUGCCCAGUGUUCCGAUGAUUACGCUCAGUGUGUUGAUCUACUCAAAUGUAUUCAUCCAUGAUUUUCCAUCGGCAUUCGAGGCAUGGUGAACAACCUUAUAUUUGGCCUUUUUACCCUUUUUUUCUGUCAUAGUGAUUUUGUUGAUCUCUAGCGCCAUCCAGUGGCCUUUGGAAAAAUAUCAGCAUCUAGGUGUAUUACGAUUGGUUAGAACCGUGUAAAUACAUGACAAAAAAGUACAUUCUAACGGCAUUAUACUAUUGCUUUGUUUUUGAUCAUUGUGAAUUUGUAUUGUGGGUGGCUUGUUUUCAGUUAGAGCAGUGAACUGCGGGGAGCGGGCUAGCUAACACGAUUUCCUUUGGAAUUGUCUGUUUUGCAGAGCAACGAUGCAUAGAGCAAUGGCCGUUGGGGAUAAAGGCUGUGUGCCGACAUUUUGCCGAGCCUGCCAGGGUCUCUCUGAGAAAGGAGAAAGUGGGUGUGACCAGAGGAGACACAGACUGUUGGUCAUGUGCAUUCCCCCUGGCUAACAGAUAUAGUAAGGAUGGGGGGGGGGGGGUCAGGGCUGAUCGCCCACCCAGGAAAUAGACUUGAUAGAAUAGAAACAGCUCAGACAAGCAGAAGAUUGUGUUUCCCUAACAUGAGACAACUUGAUUUAAAAUUCCACCCCCUGGUCAGGACGCUGAUCUACCACAGGUACUUGAUCUGUACCUGUAUGGUCUACAGCAAAGUCUAGAUCCUAGAUCGGUACCUGUAGGGUCUACAGCAAAGUCUAGAUCCUAGAUCUUUACCUGUAGGGUCUACAGCAUGGUCUAGAUCCCAGAUCUGUACAUGUAGGGUCUACAGCAGGUUCUAGGUCCUAGAUCUGUACAUGUAGGGUCUACAGCAGGUUCUAGGUCCUAGAUCUGUACAUGUAGGGUCUACAGCAGGUUCUAGGUCCUAGAUCUGUACAUGUAGGGUCUACAGCAGGGUCUAGAUCCUAGAUCUGUACCUGUAGGGUCUACAGCAGGUUCUAGGUCCUAGAUCUGUACCUGUAGGGUCUACAGCAGGGUCUAGAUCCUAGAUCUGUACCUGUAGGGUCUACAGCAGGUUCUAGAUCCUAGAUCUGUACAUGUAGGGUCUACAGCAGGUUGUAGGUCCUAGAAUGUUCCUUUAGGGCAUCCUGGAGAAGUUGGAACCUUUUUUACAUUUUAACAAUUGAGCUCCAGUCGAGAGCGACUUAACUGUCUUGAUCAAGGAGAGGCUGACACAUUUUUGUUUACCUUUCCGACUCGGGAUUGAAUCUAGCAACCUUUCCGCUGCUACAGAUGCUAUAAACCCUUGGCCACCUGCUUCCCUGGAGUUUGUCAAACAUGUCCAGACAGGCAGCGGAGAACAAGACAAUAAGUGCAAUAUGUGGACAUGAAAGUCACAGAUGGACAGCCUUAUUUCCACCAACGUACAGUACAUUUUAUGGCAAUGGCUUUUUGACUGCCUCGCUGCGUUCAGCACAUUAUGCUUUACCCUCCCCUUUGAUGUCAUUCAAAAUGAAACCUGGAAAUGUUCGUCGUUGAAUAACCAGCCCAGGCUCAAAUCUGUUUGUGUCAGCAUGCCAACAUAUUGUAUUACAUGUUUGGCAUUAAAAAGAAUGACAGUUAAUUGUUAAAUGUGAUCGCCCACACACGUCUGGGACUGGGCUGCUGAAUAUCAUACACGCGACUACAUACGCGACUACAUGAUUACAUACAACACAGAACAAAACUGCGUUAGAUUAUACAUUCCGUCUCGCAUAGAAUGACAAAUCUUCAAAUUUCAAUCGAUCAAAUGUAUUUUAUGAAGCUCUUUUUACAUCAGAAGUUGUCACAAGCAGUUGUCACAUUGGUAAGUUUCAUGACAUGUCGUGUCUGCAAUUAGCUCUUUAGAAUGGAGGACAGCGAUUCUUAUCAAGGUGGUAGAUGUGGAAAACCUGCCGAGCUAUAAUGUAGCCAAAGUUUCAGGAAGGUCAAACUGAAGCCUUUGGACAAGGCAAUACUUUGUACUUCAUUUUCAAAACAAGUUGUAAUGAGAAAACUACAGGGAAGUAGAAUAUCAUAGUUAGAAACAGGCUGCCAGGAUGGCCAUGUCUGUAUGUUCCACAGGGUGAAUACUGAAAGUGUUAUAAAGGGAUAUUUUUUCAAGAAAGACAAGAAAGCAUGUUGACGUCAACAAAGUGAACCAUAUUACACAACGGACAAGGAGGUUAAGUGUGACAUUCUGAGAUAGAAGACAUCAAAGUAUGUAAAUGUUUUAUGAUGUACAGAAUAUCACUGUCAAAUACAUUUUUUGAUGUUCCAGUACAGUUAACAUGUAAAAGUACUUUUUCUUUUCUUUUCUUUUGUUAAACGCUGUGUCUACUAUGCAAACUUGGCAUCCUUUACUAACAAAAUCUAUUAAUAGAGCUGUGCUAGUGAGUGCAUUUUAUUUUAUUAUCUCUAUUAUUAAUUCUGUUAUUUGUGUGUUGAGGUUGAGGUCCACUUUAGUUUGGCAGGCUUCAUUGUAUCGCCUCUGACUCUCGCUUGCCUCUCCUCUGUCCAGUUGCUGUACAAAGUGUAAGAAAGAAUUUUUAAGACGGUUAAUAAAUUAUAUUUAUAAGCAACGCUGAAAAUGA